GAGAGAGUGAGAGGGGGGAAAGAAGAGACAGAGAAGGACAUUUCGCGCGCGAAUGUGAGAAUCCUCAGUCUCGUUCUCGCGACGCCACAACAUGAAGUUCCGCGCUCCCGUGCAUCACGCGGUCUUUGAGCGCUGAGAACUCGAGGCGCGCACGUGCGAGACGACGUGCUGCUCCCCGAACCGAAUCGCAAAACGCGCACGCUGCCCCUCGCAUGCUCGAGGAGAAAGGACGGGGAACGAGCAGAGCGCGGGAAGCGAGCGGGGACGAUAAUAGCUGGGAUACCAUGUGAAUGAUACGAGGAACGCGUAGGGGCCAACGUUUGUGUGUGCGCGCGUACUCGUGUGGGAUUCGUUCGUGAUCCACACGGCGACGGCAAUAACAACAACGACAACAACAACAACAACAACAACGACGAUCACGAUCGUCACGAUCGUCAUCCCGACGAUGUCCUCGGGCAGGGGCCCGGCGUCGCCCUCGGGUGGGCCCGUAGUCCGCUGCGGCCACCUGAAGAAGCUCAAGACGAUGAAGAAGAAAUACUUUGUGCUGCGCGGCGAGGCGCCCGGCUGCCUUGCCUGCCUCGAGUAUUACGACAGCAAGAAGAAAUUCGAGAACAGGCAGCCGCCGAAGCGCAGUAUACUCCUGCACAGCUGCUUCAACAUCAACAAGCGCGGCGACACCAAGCACAAGCACGUGAUCGCGCUUUACACCAAAGACGAGUGCUUCUGCCUGAUCCUCGACAGCGAGAAGGAGCUGGACGAGUGGCUCAAGGCGAUGCUGAGGCUACAGAGCGGGGACGUGCCCGACGGGGAACAGCCGCGGCCUACAUUCGAACACGUAUGGCAAGUUACGAUGCAAAAGAGAGGUCUAGGGGCACGGAAGAAUAUUCACGGGCCCUAUAGAUUAUGCCUCACCGAUCAAACUUUAAGUUUAGUGAAGAUUGGGGCACAGGAUAAUUCCGAUUCUAUCGAGAUUUCUCUAAAUUACAUUAGACGUUGUGGAUUCGCGAAUGAUAUAUUCUACAUAGAAGUCGGCCGAUCCGCCGUAACUGGAGAUGGCGAAUUUUGGAUGGCGGUCGAAGAUAACAAUAUCGCGCUCAAUAUGUACGAUGUAAUAACGACUGCGAUGAGAAAUUCGAAAAGUAACAAAGACGAAGUGGGACCUCGUCAAAGAACGCGUAGUUCCUCCGCCAACGAAGCCAGCAAACCUAUAUCCGUUCUUCAGAGACGGCAUACGGGUCAAAAGCUUCAUGGCUUUUCACCCCUGGAGGAACAGAGGACACACAAGGAACAAGUGGAACCAUUGCAAGAACAGACUGCUACUUCCUCUGCUCUCACACAGUGUAGUCAAUCUCGGAAUACCUCCUCCACCAAUACAGUCACGGCCGUUGCUGGUACCGGGGCUUGGACUACUGGGAUUGCCACGACUAAUGCCAACAGUGCCGGUACCGCUAGACGUCGUCAUUCGGUAGCGAGUCAUCCUCAUUCCGUCAAUAAUUCCCAAUCCGUUCAUGUCACAACAGCAACAAAUGCAACUAUGACUACCACCACUGUCACUACCACCACCAUCACUGCAACCACCACUACCAUCACUACCACCAUCACUGCGACCGUCACCGCGACGAUCACCACAACCACAACCGCGACAAUAUCCCAUCAGAGAACCUUGUCGCUGCCCUUAGCUGCCGUUAUUAUCAAUCAAACGCAACCAUCUAAAAGAUCCGUUUUACGGUGUGCUACUGGACGUGAUCGAUGUGAUAGUUUACCAUCGAGGGCUCGUACCACUAGUGAGGGACAACCCGCUACGGUCGUGUUAAGCCAUCCUAGAGGAGCCCAUAUCAUGUCACACAUACCGCGACCACAUUCCAUGUGUGGACGAGGCCUUUCAUAUUCUCCACCAAUCGCAUCGAUGCCUAUUAGUCCAUCUUCCGAUGUCUGUUCAUCGGAUUCAGCCGGAUCAUCACCCUCGAUGGAUGAUUGCGGUGAAAAUAUUAUGGAGGAAAGUACUGUCUCGAGAUAUGGGCAUUCCUUAACGCCGGAUGAGCCCAUGAUCUUGGACAAGAAAGGUGACGAUUACGCCCUAUGGUCGACGUCGCAUCCGCAUCUGAAAUACUCGCCAAACUUUAAAUCUCAUUCGCCCUCUCAGAGUUCCUACCAGAGUGAAAUGUAUAGCCCAUGUGGUUCGAGUCCGGGCCGCGGGGGUGCAUACAUGCCCAUGAGUCCAGCAACGACAGCUCACUCGCAUUCUCGCGGAUCAUCUCUUGUGGAGGAAAGCAAUGUGGACGGCUAUGUACCGAUGGCGCCAGUCGGAGAUGAUGGCUACGUUGACAUGGAUCCUGUAAAUAGUCACAACGGUCAUUUCCCGGACGAUAUGUCACAGAACGAUGGCAGUAGCUGUUCUGUUACGUCUGGCACACCUAGUACGGAUCUGCGAUUUUCCGAGUAUCAUCUGGAUAAGGUCACCAGUUUUUUAACACCCGGAGAGGAUCUGCAAGCCAGACCAACUAGGGCUUACUCCGUCGGAUCCAGACCGGAACAGGCCAAUAGACAUCGUAAAAACAGGUUGGAUAUAACUCCGCAAGACGCCAACAGAGUGCGAGCAUUUUCUGUAGGUAGCCGAUCGAAGAGGCCCGAGAUCGGAAGGUUAGCCAAUGUGAUCACUGCGCCGUUACCAGCCGGUUCGGAUACCUCGAAUUCAAAAUCGAGUUCCGCGCCAUUAUUAUCGAGCUCUUGGGGACACAACUCGGGGUGCUCUGGAGCAUCCGAUCGUAUGGGGGAUCUCAUGGAAUUGGAUUUUACGAGGCCCAGUAUUCCGACUGCUCUCUCCUCGCCUCCAUUAUCCUGUUCCCAGUCUCAGUCACAACCGCAACCGUACUCUACUUACUCUACUGCCACCGAUGCUAGUUCCUAUGUCGACAUGUCGCCCGGACAAGCUCCCGUAUCGACCACUGCCGCAUAUGUCGAUAUGAGUGGCAUAAAUAAGAUCAAUCGCAAUAACAAUAAUAAUACAAUCACUGCCAACCACAAUCAUAGCCACAUGCAUAUAUCGUCGUUAACUUUCGCCCAUAAACCUGUAAUUACAACUUUGAAGCCGGUAGAGGAAGCGGAAGGACCUUACAUGAAGAUGGACGGUACAAUAGAGGAUUGGACGCAUUCGGAAGCGAGUCCAAAACAAGUGUCAUCGCCUGUUCAAGAAGAUAUCUAUCAAACAAACGGGCCACCAGGUAGCACAAGAACGGCACCGGUAGAUCUUCCACAACCGAGGCGUCCUCCAGAGGGCUAUGUCGAGAUGUCUUUUAAGGCGCGGCCGAGUUUAGAGCAAGACUACAUAAAUAUGACCAUGGGAAACAAUCGAAACAAUCGUAAAACACGAACGGACAGUCGCAAGGAAAAAUCGCGAUCGCAACCUAUCGCGAUUCAGGCAGGCAGUAAGCCGACUAAAACUCCAAACUUUCUACCUUUGAAUGGAAGUCCGACAUCCGAGAGUCUGGCGAGUACACCCGCUUCUCCGCCACGAGCAACGCCUACAGGUUCAUCGGCCACUAUCUUUCCAUUCUCCCUGAAUAGUCCUCAGUCACCCGUGAAGCCUUUUACGAAGAAAAAUGAUGAAUUCUCCACGACAGAUGUUUCUAACCAAAAUCAGAACAACGCUGAAUACGCUGUGAUGGAACCCGCGAAGAUGGUUUGCGCGUCGUGUUCUACCCCGUUGACAGAAAUAAAGCCUUCGUCGAAGGAGAAUAACGAGAAGCCACCUAGUCCUGUAGAGAAGAAUGCUCGUGUUCUAUUUAAAUCUUCGUCAUCACAAGAACACGGUAAGCCCAUUAAUGUAAUAACGAAAAAACUUUCGGAUCUAACGGUGUCGAAACCACGACUCGUCACGGCCUCACCAAACACCAGUCCCACCCUGACGGGUUUCAAGCCAUCGACCGUGCAACAGCCGAAACCAUCCUCGCCGAAGUUCAUCGAUGAGACACCCACGCCUACGCCCACGUCUACACCUACGCCCACGCCGAGUCCGUUGGACAGCGAAGGCUACGAGAAACUUCAACCGGGCGCGGCAAUACUGCAUUACGCUAGUCUUGAUUUACCGGAUAAUCCAGCGCCCGUGUCGCCAGCGUCUAUGCAGGAGAAUUUCACUUAUGCCGAAAUCGACUUCGCGAAACUCGCAGACAAGCAGACCUAAGAUAUGCGUUAUUCUAAAUGCGCAUAUUUCGCCAUCCUCGUAUCAUGCACCAGGCAGCGUGACAAUGGAGGAUGACUUGGCUGACGCCUCUUGUGUUCCCCACGAUAGCAACGAGUAGGCAGGGUAUAAUCGAUCGUUCUGACAUUGGCUCGGCUGGUCUAAUGAACAAGGCGCCGGGUAGAAACUGUAUAUAUAAUUCAUUUCUUUUUCUCUCCAGCCUAAUGGCAUUAUAUCGCUCGCCAGUCUUUCUAGUAUAUGGAUUGGCAGCCUAUUUUAAAUCGUUUGAAAAAUAAGCAUCGUUGGUACCUAUAGUUCUGGUUGUACUGCAUUAAUAUCGUAUUUUAUCGGAAUGAUGUGAAAUUUUUUAAUAUAAAUGAGAUAAUUUUUGUCGCUGAUUCCGCAGAGAGUCUUCAAAUCUGUCCACAUAUGCUAUUUCUAAUAUCAAACGAUUGAUAAAAUUUAACAGGAAAGAGCAAACUACGAGAAAAUGUUAUCUUUUACUUAAUUAAAUAAUAUAUUUGUGUUAUAAUUGGUCAGUAGAAAAAAGGAAUUUCUUGAAAUUAGUUGUAUCAUCUAGUUAAACGAGAAUUGUUGUUUGUAAAAAUGUAUAAACUUUUUAAAUUUUAAUUCUAUUAGUGGA